ACCGACUAUUGAUGAACUCUACAAAUUUGCUAGGGAUUUUUCAGCAAAUGUUUACAACAUUAAUAAUGAUCUUCAAUCACUUCCGUUGGAAUAUUAUCUUGACCUAGUAUCUAAAAAAAUUUCUGGAAUUGAUAAAGCACAGCUUGACGAUGUAGAUAAUUUUCUUCUCAAUCCUCCUUGUAAACUCUAUUUAAAACUUUUAACACUUAUUUCGCCACCUAAACAUAAAAUGGUCAACUCUUUUUCAUUAUACCGCCAAAAUUAUGUUGCAAAACAUGGGUUUAAUAAAAAUCAGAAAACUACUUCAACUAUUUCAAUGGAAGCUAAUUUUUCCUGGAGGAAUGAAUCGGAUGAAAACAAUUUGGAAGUUGUACAGUCUGAAAUUAUCAAUGACGUUGGGAAUCCAAAAUCAGGAUAUAGGUUUGAUGGUAAUGAAAUAGGAAAAAAUUUUUCAGAAAAACAUAAAAAUCAUUCGAAAGCACCACCAAUUGGAUUAAAUAAUUUAUCAAAUGAGUUACUUGAAACAUUAAAAAUAAUAGAUAAUUGCAUUGAUUGUAAAACAAGGCUGUUAAAUGAUAAUGAAAUUAUAACGUCACUUAACGAAUUAAUGGAUGGAUUAAAAAAUAGUUUAAAAACAAAUAUCAGAAAAAAAGCAAUCAAUGAAUUAUGCAAAGAAAUAUUUAUAUUAGAUAAUCAAUUAAAUGAAACAUUAUUAUUAUGUAAAGAAAGAGAAGUUGAAGUGGCAGAAAAUAAACGCUUGGCAAUUAUUACUUCAGAAAAAAUUUUGUCAGAUGAAAAAGGUUAUAAACCGAAUCAUUCACCAAGCAUAACCAUUGAACAAGCAUCAUCUGACUCAAAUGAACGAGAUAGUAAAAUUUAUGGCUUAACUUAUGAAUUUGGUAUUUAA